UAUAAACAAAAUUUGUCCAAGUCAAUCAGGCUUUCGCAACUGGGUCAAAGUGGAUAAGUGUUCAAUAAUGUCGGACGAGAAUCUAGAACAGCAACUGGGCGAUGCAGAGAACAUCACUCAUGAUAUCAAGGAAGAGUCCAGAGGCCUUGCAUCCGACCUUAUGCCCGAUGAACUGCCUUCUAAGCGCAGUCUCCGCGAGCUGAUCUUUUUCAUUUAUAUCAAGACCAUUCCCGAGGUGUCCAAACAGCACCCGGGGGAGUUGUCCCGCCUUUUUCGCAAUGGAGAAGUGCUCCUACGUCGACUGCGUGGACUCAUCGACAGUCGGUGCCGAUUCAUCGACUUUGAACCGAUGGAGCCACUGCAGGAGGCUAUCGCAGAGGAGCUGGCCAAGGAGUUGGGCUGCCUGACGAUGUUUUACAACAGCGGGCAUGAUAGCCGAUACAUGGUCGCCUACCGGCCCGGGUUUGAGCCCAAUAUCUUCGAGAUGCGGGCUCGUCGAAUGUGCCAAAAGGACAAGGGCCAAGAGAUCUACCCCGUGGAGGAGGAGGAAGAGUGCCGGCUGGAGCCGAUGUUCUUUCAGGAUGGCAAGCUCCACUGGCAUCAGCCCAUGGAGUUUGGGGACCGCAAAAAAGCGGAAAGCCCUGAUGAGGACUCGGUUUCCUUGGGUCGCAAAAUUCUCGAGGAGUUCAACCGAGACUACCAACCGAAACGAAGCAGGAAUAUGGAUUAGAAGAGGAAGCCAUAGAAACCUAUUGUUUUGAACUAUGUAAUAAAUAAUCUUAAAUCUA